AUGGCAUAUGAUCCCCGCCGAACAAAUUCGGGAACUUCAACUCCCCAACCUCCACCUCCCCCUCCACCACCAGAGCAAUCCACAGCCAUGGCAACGACACAGGUCCUAGAAUCCGCCAGCCAACCGCCAGACUCGUACAAGCUGAAGUUUUGCACCGUCUGCGCCUCCAACAACAACCGCUCAAUGGAAGCCCACCUCCAACUCUCCGGAGCACCAGCCGCCUUCCCCGUCAUCUCCUUCGGCACAGGCUCCCUCGUCCGCCUCCCCGGCCCAUCAAUCACCCAGCCAAACGUCUACAGCUUCAACACAACCUCCUACAACCAGAUGUACGAAGAGCUACACAGCAAAGACGAGCGUCUAUACCGCAGCAACGGCAUCCUGAACAUGCUCGACCGCAACCGCCAGCUGAAAUGGGGCCCAGAGCGCUUCCAGGACUGGGUGCCCGGUGUGCCGCGCGUCGAGCAUCUCUCAAAGGGCGACAAGGGCGCAACCGGCACGGAAGGCGGUGUCGUCGAUGUCAUCAUUACUUGCGAAGAGCGCUGCUGGGAUGCGGUCGUCGAUGACUUGAUGAAUAAGGGCUCGACUCUCAAUUAUCCCGUUCAUGUCUUCAAUGUCGAUAUCAAGGAUAAUCAUGAGGAGGCGUUGACGGGUGGAAAGGCGAUUCUGGAUCUGGCCAAUCGCUUGAAUGAAGCUGCCGUUGCUGAACAUCGCAUUCAUGGUUCGCAGGGCUGGGAGAAUGGGACUGGUCCCGCGCGUCAGAGCUUCGAUGAGAAGGUCCCUGAGAUUUUGGCUGGGUGGCAGGAGAAAUACCCUAAUUUGCCGGCCUUGUGGACUUUGGCUUGGCUUUAG